AUGUCUGAGAAACCGCGAAAGCUCCAGCGAGUCUCCAAGGCCUGUGACUUCUGCAACAGACGUAGCACAAGAUGCGGAAAGAGCGAAGAUCCCUUAGGCCGGUGUCAGAAUUGCGCCGAUUUCGAUGUGCCCUGCACGUACGACCGACCCACGAAGCGACGCGGCAUUAAGGCGGGGUCAAAAAGCCACGAUCAAGACACACCUUACUCAAGAGGCUCGGUGGACUUGACUCCCAAUAGCCGAAUGGCGGCAUCAGGAAGCACGUCUGGAUCGUUUGGAUCAAGAAGCUCAAUCCAACAAGAGACAUCUUUCCGCCCCUCGGGGACAGGGGACCCCUGGACAUCGUUCAAUACGGGAUGGUCAACGAGUGAGGGUUACGACGAUGAUGGCACUUUACGAAAUUCGUGGAAAGCAUUUGCAAUUUCCAGUGACCAGCAGAUCAAAAAUCUAGUGCAGGUCUACUUUGAAAUUGUUUACCCUAUAUUUCCACUUUUUCACAAACAAUCCUUCAUUGAACGAAUCAACGAUCAAGAACAUCUCCGAGAUCAGGGGCUAUUUGCUUCCACUAUGGCGGUGUGUGCAUUGGCAUCGGGGAAGGCUCGCGACGGCGCAUUGUAUUCCUCUCGUUGGCGCCGAGAAGAGCUGAUUGAGCCGCCAUCGGAGGCUUUCUACGCUGCAGCCAAGGACACGUUCCCUCGGGACCUUGCACUUGCCAGAGGCUUCAAUUACAUGCGCGCAUGUGCAAUACUUGCCAUUGCGAGCAUCCAAAACGGGCAGAUAAAGAAUCUGCAGAAAUACUCUGGCAUGUAUCACACUUUGACGACAAUGGAGGGUCUGCAUGAUGAAAAAUUGUGGCCCAAGGAUAUCGGAAUCAUUGAAACCGAGGAGCGACGCAGAUUGUUUUGGUCAAUCUAUACCCUGGACAUCUACGCCAGUAUUGUUUGGGGAGGAAUAAUCAGAUACCGUGAAGCGCACUCCCUUGUUCGCUACCCUAGCGAGCUUGAUGACGAGUACAUCUCAGAUCAGGGCUACGACUUGCCUCAAGUCUCUCCAACGCCACAGCAAAGCGGCCCACGAGACGCUCAAGCCGCCAAUGGUCUACCGGUUUCUUGGAUUCAUGGUUGGAACUUUACUACCGAUCUUUAUCGUAUCCUCGAGCACGUUGCAGAUGGUACUCGGCGGCGAUUCUCCACUGCUAAUGGGACUGUCGAAGUGUGGUCCAUGUUCAGUCCUGCAUCCAUGUCAGAACCAAUUGUGAUGGAACGUGUUCUCUCAAUGUAUGCUGCCCUACCGCCGCAGUUUCGGGAGACGAGACCAACAACAGGCGACAUCAACCAGGAUCUAUUUGGCUUUCAGUCUGCCAACAUUCAAGCGACUUUUCAGCUACUGCGACUGGUCCUUUUAUCCGCAGAGGAAAUUGGGGUCGAUCGAAAGUGCGAUGUUGCUGGCGAGUUGCUGAGUGUGUUUUCCAAAGUCCCCGUGGAGUACUUGAAAGCGAUCAGUUCGCCCCUCCUCCACCACCUGGGCGGCAUUGGCUACAUUCUAGGUUCGGUCAUGGAAGGAAGCUUAUCCGACGAGUCAUAUUGCCGGGUGCGAACGCUCUUGCUCGAGAUGGCAGAUCUGCUUCAUCGCCUUGACAGCAACUUGCACAGCUCAGCUGGUACAAGUCAACGACUUCGCGCGCAGGUUGAUCGCAUUGACGGCUACAUGCGUACUUCUCGUCUCGUAAAUCCUUCAGCGGCACCGCCUCCUGCUUCCAACGAUGCCGUCAAUAACCCACAGAGAAGUGUCAAAGCAGAAUCAAUGGUAUCACCAGACAUGUAUACUCGCACUGUGUACCCCUCGAUGCCUGCCAGUACGAGUGUGAGCCACUCGAUGAUGCAGUUUCGGUUGCCGCCGGAGUUAUUGACUGACUGGCCAUGGCCGUUGGACAAUUCACAUUCCGAACCUUUCUUACCCUUGGCAUUUGAGAAGGCAAACGGUAAGGCUGCCAUUUACUUUCUGGCGUGA